AUGACCUCCAUGGCAGCUGCUCUUGCAGCCUCGUUGCCCGCUGCUAUCUCUCGAACCGGAACCCCUCAACCUUCCUCUAUCCAACAGCAACAGCAGCCUAAGCAGUUCCCUCAGAGAUUAGAGGGCGUGGUAGAUGUGGAAGCCGCAAGGGAGGUCGAGAGCGUACAACUGAACUCGUUGGUAUUCCUCAAGAUGAUGAAGCAUUCGACCGACAUCUUACCACCGCCACCUGCCAACACCUUGCAACAGGAUAGAAACGCACCUCCUCCUACUGCAUUAUCGUCCCAUACCGACUGUUUAGGUGUACUGUUAGGUCUGGACAUGGACGGUGUGAUGGAAGUGGAAGACUCCUUUGCUUUACCUGGAGGAGAAACCAGCUUAGGAGCCAACUCAUACUCUGACCGACUUCUCACCCACUUACGAGAAGUCCAAACCCCCGAUUCCCCAGUUGGUAUCUACCUUUCGACGCGUAACGGAGGCUUUGCAACUCGAGUAUCUAUCGAAUUACUAUCGGCCGUCGAGAAAGCUGCUGGAGGAAGAGGAAAAGCCAUCUUGGUCGUGCAUGACGCUAGUAAAUCCAAUGGAGGUGAUCUGAGCGUGAAGGCUUUCAGGUUGGGUGACGGUGCUAGAGAAGCUGCUAAAUUGGGUAAAUGGGAUGAGAAGACCCUCACUGAGAACGGUAUAACUUCAUCUACCUUGCUGUCACCUUUACCACUCACGAUCACCUCUCCUACACUCAUUUCCGCAUUCCUGUCAACCCUCACUGCCCCCUCUUCAGAGCCUGAACGAACCCUUUCCGGCGCAUCAUCUUCCGUCGCUUUACCACCAUCUUUCUCACCACUCAUAAACCCUACUCCUUCCUCUUUGACCAACUAUUUGCAAAACACCCUUGAUUCGUUAACCCUCCACUCCCACGAGGCCAAUAACAUCGCAUUCUUGACCCGACAGAUCGCGAGGGAGAAGGUUAAACAUGAACAAAUGGUCAAAGAUCGUGAAGAGGAGAACAUAAAGAGAAGGAAACAGGGUUUAUCUGAGUUCCCAUCUAUCCCCAAGGAGAUCAAGAACCCAACCAAGGAACCAUCGAGAUUGGAGAUGAUCUGUCUGAACGGCACGACCGAAGGGUUGGCGAAGAACAUGGCGGCUGAGGCUGGUAAGGGAUUAGUCAGGAGUUACCUCUAG